CUAGCACACGGAUCGACACACUGUCACUGACUCCUUAUAAAAACGGAUCGACAUCCAAAUCCACAUAAUACAACAACACGCAGAGCUUCUUCUUCAACUCUUCUUCACAGAAUUUAAUUUGACUCGUUGAGGUUUUAUUCAAGAAGAUGUCUGGAAGAGGAAAGGGGGGCAAGGGAUUGGGAAAGGGAGGAGCUAAACGUCACCGUAAGGUGCUUCGCGAUAACAUUCAGGGAAUAACGAAGCCGGCGAUUCGGCGUUUGGCUCGCAGAGGUGGUGUGAAGCGUAUCAGCGGUUUGAUUUAUGAGGAAACCCGUGGGGUUCUCAAGAUCUUCUUGGAGAACGUGAUCCGUGACGCCGUUACUUACACGGAGCAUGCGAGGAGGAAGACGGUUACUGCUAUGGAUGUUGUUUAUGCUCUGAAGAGGCAGGGAAGGACUCUCUAUGGAUUUGGGGGUUAGGGUUUUGGAUUUUAUGUCGCUUGAUUUUCCUCUCUGGGGAAAAGUCUUGCUGUCAAGAAAAGAAAUGGCAAGGAUUGAAGUUAGGUUUUGGUUUUCUUUGUUGUCUUUGUAGUUGAAAGGGUAAGGCUAGGUGUGAUUAUCAGAUAUAUGUUUUGGUGAUAGGUGUUUUACUUUGUUUUGUUGGUUCUGUGAUGUGCUGUAACUACUUUUGAUGGAAUUGAGAAUUGUAUCAGAUUUCAGUUCCCAGU